CACACACACACACACACACACACACACACACACACACACUUCCUUGUAGCACGCACACACUGCUUUCCAGGACCUGCCAUUUGUGGCAGAGGUACCAAGACAGGCUAGGCAGCAGAGCAGUGGCCAAACCCACACUGCUUCCACAACCCUGCUCUCAUCGGACUGGCUCCCACAGGCAGUUCUAAGGAGUGUGACCAGCUGAUUCCCACGCUGUGCCUGCCUCCUGAGUUACUCUGUUUUCUACUGCUGUAGGCAAGAAGCACUGCGAACACAGCCUCCCUGGCCUCUGUUCCAAAGAAGACGGCCCACUUACAACUCUGGAUUCUCGCUGGUGUGGCCGGUGCCCCAGAUUUCUCCCUGGAAUGGGUCUCAGGGAGACCAGCUUCAGCACAGGCUUGUCCCUGCUCCAGGUUCAAGAGGGAGGAUAAGGCAGGGCUGUGAGCAGCUCACUUGGACCCAUCCCAUGGGCUUCUCCCCAUACCGCCGACAUCCUCAUGUGCUUGGCUGGAGCUGCUGCAUAGCUUCCCAAGGAUGAGUGGUGAUGUUCUCUAGCUACACCUAGCAGCAUCGGCUUUCUCUGGAUGCACAGCAGCUGACCGAGACUUGGAACUUUCUCCGAGAUAGACAGUACUGGCAGUCAGAUAUGACUGUCCAGAAACUAGUGGCCACAGCUGUGCUGGUGGCCCUUGUCUCCCUCAUCCUUAACAAUGCAGCAGCAUUUACCCCCAACUGGGUGUACCAGACGCUGGAGGAUGGACGCAAGCGAAGUGUGGGGCUGUGGAGGUCCUGCUGGCUGAUGGACAGGGGUAAGGGAGGCACAAGCCCUGGGGCCCGAACUGGGCAGGCGGACACACAUGACUGCGAGGUGCUAGGAUGGGGCUCUGAGUCAGCAGGCUUCCAGGAGUCUCGAGGCACCGUAAAACUACAGUUUGACAUGAUGCGUGCUUGCAACCUGGUGGCCACAGCUGCGCUUGCUGUGGGUCAGCUAACCUUCGUCCUUGGGCUGUCGGGCCUGCCCCUGAUGUCACCAGAAUCUCAGUGCUGGGAGGAGGCAAUGGCCGCUGCAUUCCAGCUGGCAAGCUUUGUGCUGGUCAUCGGACUGGUGACCUUCUACAGAAUUGGUCCUUAUACCAACUUAUCUUGGUCUUGCUACCUGAACAUUGGUGCCUGCCUUCUAGCCACCCUGGCGGCUGCGAUGCUCAUCUGGAACAUUCUUCACCGGAGGGAGGACUGCAUGGCACCCAGGGUGAUUGUCAUCAGCCGUUCUCUGACAGCACGAUUUCGCCGUGGCUUGGAAAAUGACUAUGUGGAGUCGCCAUGCUGAGAAUACCCUUAUUGGGACUUUAUGAAUAACCGCUGUAAUGUCAUAGUCUAGAAACCAAUAGCCUGUCCCAAGCUCUGCUUGUGCAGAGGUGUGGGGUGAGUCUGGGUUACCUAUAUAUACAUAUGUAUGAUACUUAUGUACAUUUAUUAUGUUACAUAUGAAUAUAUUAUGUGUCUACAUGCCAUGUGUGCCACCCUGCUUCUGACACAAUCUUCCUUGGCCAGCACAGUACAGUUUCAUAUCAUGCAGGUUUAAAAGGUGGAGCCUAGACACUGAGGCAGGGAAGGAGGCAGUGUGGGCACCUUGCUCUCCACCUCCAUUUGGGAUUAAUUUAUUCUGUAUCUACUAAGAUGGCAUCCCUGGUUUACUUUUAUAAAGCAGAACAUCCAGGAAGCUUUUCAUGAAGGGUCUGAAUGAAAGAGAACUCAUGACAGGUGGUAAUGGUUUAGGCCAGAAUCAGGUAAUGGUUUAGGCCAGAAUCAGUUUCCUCCUAUUUGUCUAAGUUAAAAUACACACAAGCCUCUGAACUGUGUCUAAAACUUGUGCUUCAUAAACCCCAUCCGUAUUUCUAUAUUUCUCUGAGACUUUGGUGAGAUGACACUAAAAAAGACCUCCUUAAGGAUCCAGAGGAGACACAUACCCCAAUUCAGGGUUUGUGCAACCCAGAAGUCCACAUCUGUGAAGUCCAUAUUCCCGCACCCUGAAAAUAGGGCUGUCACAGUGCAUUAACAAACAGGAUGGAAAGGAUGAAACCCAAUAGCUUUUCCCAGGAAACCUUUGGCCUCCCUCCAGCUAGGGCAGGAUAGGCUAUUGGAUACCUCCAGGGGCCAUGCUGCUUUCAGACAGUCUGUGGCUCCCCAGAAAAUGUAUCAAACAUGUAACUCUGGAGUUGAAAAUGGUCCACAGAACCCAGAGCUGCCUGCCCACAUCUGUGACCAAGGCCCUGGUGCAUCCUUGCUAGAUAGCUCAUCAUGGCAUAUUCAACAAGAGGAAACUGGCACUAUCAGGACAUGAAAGCCAGGAGUGAGCUGCCCUCCUCUGCCUGCAUCUCCUAAUAAACGCCAAUUUUGUUGCUUUCACUCUUCUAGUGACGAAGGUUGAUCAGUUUAUAUUCUGAAGCCCAUCCUGUACCAAAGCUUUAUCUUUAGUCAGAACAAACAGUGAAACACUUGAAGAGACGAUGAUGACAUAUAAGCAUUUACAGACUGGCCAUAUGUAACACUCAGCACACUGUAGAAACGAGCAAGUACGUGUCCACGGUACAGCACAGAUUCAGGCAUUUGGCUAUGACUUCCUCCCACCUGUCUCUCCCUAUGAGACACACACAGUAGUAUUGUGUACAUGUCUAUAUGAAGCACACUAAAGGUCUACCAGUGGCCAUGCAGUCUGCUUUCCGCUGUAAUCAUGUCCACAGUAGAUGAAAGCUAUCCAGGAAAGAUUGGGCUAUGAUGUUUAGCCUUGUGGGUCACCUCCAAAUUAAAUGUCUACAUGGCCAGUGUGGGGGGAAAAACCUCCUAACUGUAAUAAAACCAGGCCUCAAUAAUUUUCACAGUAGAUGAAGGUUCCAUGAUAUCUUGAAAAGUACAAUCUGUGCUUCAAAAUAAUCACUGUAUGUAAGCUGAGGCAGGGAAUUUAUUCCAAGCAUUUCUUUUCUUCUUUAAAAAAAUAUAAUUUAUUUUUAUUUUA